AUGCUGUCCGACAUUCCCUCCGAGACCCCUCCCCCUGACCUGGCCGCGCUGGCCGAGGACCACUACUUCAAUGCGAAUCCGCCGCCGAAGGAUCUGGACAAGCAUAUCAAACUCGCCAAGGAGUUCAUCGAUUUCCAUGCUGCUGCCGGGAGGCGGUUAGUCCUGGUUACGUCAGGAGGAACAACGGUGCCGUUGGAUGCAGAGAAGCAAACGGUGCGCUUUAUCGACAACUUUUCUGCAGGUACCCGUGGAGCUACAAGCGCCGAGUACUUCCUCGAAGCCGGCUAUGCCGUCCUCUUCUUACACCGCCAAUUCUCCCUCCUCCCCUUCUCCCGCCACUACACUCAUGCGACCGACUGCUUCCUCGACUUCCUGCAGGAAGGCCCUAACAACAGCGUCGUGGCCCGCGACGAGUACGCCGCCAAGAUGCUCGGCGUGCUGCGCAAGUACCGCGACGCGCGCGACCGCAACAUGCUCUUGGUCCUGCCGUUCGUUAGUAUCUCCGAUUAUCUGCACGAGCUGAGGGCAAUUGCGCACUUGAUGCAGCCGCUGGGGCCCAGGGGGUUGCUCUACCUCGCUGCGGCGGUUAGCGAUUUCUUCAUUCCGCCCGACCGCAUGGCUGAGCACAAGAUCCAGAGCACCGACGCCGUCGACUCUGUCAAGAAGAACAGCAACGACGGCCGGGGAGUGCGCACGCCGUCUGUGGAGGAGGAGGAGACGUUUGACAACUUUGACUCGUCGCCGGCGGUACCGCGGAGCAAGAGGCUGGUGAUUGACCUCGACCCCGUGCCCAAGUUCUUGAAGAAUUUGGUCGAGGGCUGGUCACCGCAGGGCAUGAUUGUCUCCUUCAAACUGGAGACGGACCCGUCGAUUCUGGUGCGCAAGGCCAAGUACUCGCUGGAUCGCUAUCAGCAUCACUUGGUCAUUGGGAAUUUGCUGUCCACGAGAAAGUGGGAAGUUGUCUUUGUUUCUCCCGGCAGCAAGGACCGCUGGAUCCGGGUCCCGUUCAAUAAGAAUGGUCCAGACGGCGCUCCCUUGGAUACGGAGAAGGACGAACCCCUGGAUCCAAAGAGCUUGCCGGAGGGUGACCCUCCGAUCGAGAUCGAGAGCCUCAUCAUCCCGGCUGUACAGGAGCUACAUACCAAGUAUAUCCAGUCUUAUGGUGAGAAGAAGGAGCAAGCUUAA